UGCCUAAGAAUAGCGGCCGGCAAUAUCUAUAUCAGCCUCGAAGCUAGUGCUACUCGAUAUUCCAUCUGAUUUUCUAGCAUGUCCGAACAAACUGAAACCACCACCACGGUCUUGCCGUUGGAAAUCAUCGACAAGUGUAUCGGCUCCCAGAUCCACGUCAUCAUGUCAUCCCAGGACAAGGAAUUUGUGGGAAAGUUGGUCGGCUUUGACGACUUUGUCAACAUGGUGUUGGAGGACGUGACCGAAUACGCCUCCAAUGGUGAAAAAGUCACCACCAGGUCCAAGAUGUUGUUGAACGGGAACCACAUUGCGAUGUUGGUCCCAGGUGGUGCUGGCCCCCAGUAGCUAGGCUGAUGCCUUGGGCGUUUUAAGGAGCCAAGAAUAUCUUGUGCGAGCACUCUAAGGGCUAUCCCUGUCCAAGCAAGCCCCGGUGGCAAUCCCUUUGGGUUUAUCUGAUAAUCAUCGUCUUCCCCAUAGGGGUCGCUGGUGAUGGAACCUUGCUUCAAGGUGUGUACUAUACAUUGUAUGUUACUUUCGUUUUAAUUGCAUAUUCGACG